AUGUACAGAAUCCAGCCCAACACGCUGAACGGCCGGGCGGUGUACAAGAAAGAUCGCUCAGAAGCGUAUCUUCUCUACACCACUCUCCGCGACUGGAUGUUCUCAGGGCGACCGGACGCCGGAGGGCAACGCUGUGAGGGAUGGGCGUGGGGAGCCCCUGACAUGAGGAGAGAGCUGUUCACCAUAAAAAAAGGUCAGUUACAUGUCGUUAUAUGA